CUUACCGUGACUGACUUGAGAAAUGCGCAGUCUGGUUAAAGAGGUUUGUCAUCAGUGCUUUGUUGUUGUCGUAGCGUGCUAGCUGGAAAUAGACGGAGACUGAACUCGGCCACACAGCGCUGCGCUAGUAGGAGAGACUAUUUGAUAGAGACUAAACUGUAUGCUUCAUGGACCCGAAAUGUCCAGAUAGACCUGUCUGAAUGGACUCUGUGCUGUUCCCUUUAUUUAAACACGUCUGAGUUAUCUCCUGGUGUCCUGUGAAGCUAAUGAAGUUAGCUUGCUAGCUGGAAGUACACGGACCCGAACGUAACCUAGCAACCCAGCGCACUUCAGAGUGACAAAACGGAUUUUAACGGACCCUUUCUAGAGGAAACGUUUCUGUGAUUUAGUAGACAUGUCUAAACUUGAGUUAAGUUCAAAAGAGAAUCACCGACAACAGAAACUACUGGACCCUGUAGUUUUAAACCCUGAAGUCCGGUUACACAGAGCAGAGCUCCCACAGCAACAUGUCUGUAAGGAGGAGGAGGUUCUCUCUGACCAGCAGCUCUGUAUUCAGGAGAGGAACUCCAGUCUGGACCCAGAGCCUCCACAGAUUAAAGAGGAACAGGAGGAACCGUGCACCCGUCAGGAGAGGAAGCAGCUUGUACUGAAGCAGGAGAUGGAUACCUUUCGUCACAGUAACAACGUAAACAACACUAACAUGUCAGAUAUUCACCGUAACACUCAUACAGACGUCCAGCAGCGGUCGGUGGUUAAAGCAGAGGUUCCCCCUGAGCAGCAGGAGUGGAGCCCCAGUCUGGACCAGGAGGACCCAGAGCCCCCCCCACACAUUAAAGAGGAACAGGAGGAACUCUGGACCAGUCAGGAGGGAGAGCAGCUUCAAGGGCUGGAGGAGGCUGAGUUCCCGUUCACUUCUGUCCCUGUGAAGAGUGAAGAUGAUUAUGAUAGUCCAGAUAGUUAUUUACAACCAGCUACUCAUGACAAGACUUCAGACUCCUCUGAACCUGAGACUGAUGACAGUGGUGACUGGGAGGAGACUAGGGAACCUCAGUCAGGUUUAAACUCUCUGCAAAACAAUGAAGUAGCUGUAAGUGAUCUGGAAUGUAAUACUGGAAACACAUCAGUUAGCUCCUCUGAAUGUGCUGGAAGCUUUGGCCACAAGAAACCUCUGUGGAACCACUCUGGAGUCCAAACAGGAGUGAAACCAUUUUGUUGCUCAGUUUGUGGUAAAAGAUACCUUCUGAAGUCAUCCUUAACGACUCACAUGAGACUUCAUUCAGAAGAAAAACGGUUCACCUGCCCAGUGUGUGAACUAGUUUUCAGUAGCAAAGGCAAUUUUGUUAUACACAUGAGAAUCCACACAGGGGAGAGACCAUUUAGUUGCCCAUUUUGUAGUAAAAGAUUUGCACAAAAGGGAAAUCUGAGAAAACACUUGACUGUCCACACAGGGGAGAAACCAUUUAGUUGUUCAGUGUGUAGUAAAAGAUUUGCACACAAGGAAACUCUGAAACAACACUUGAUUGUCCACACAGGGGAGAAAUCAUUUAGUUGUUCAUUUUGUAGUCAACGAUUUGCACUAAAGCAAUAUCUGAAACAACACUUGACUAUCCACACUGGGGAGAAACCAUUUAGUUGUUCAUUUUGUGGUAAGAGUUUCACACAAAACCAAAAUCUGAAAAGACACUUGACUGUCCACACUGGGAAAGAACCAGUUACUUGCAGCGUAAACGAUAAAAGUUGUAAUCAGCAGUGUGUUGGUGAUAGUGGUGUAGUGGACCAUAGUUGAUCCGUAUGGAUAAACACUCACGAUUCAGAAUGCACGUGAAUCGCGGACUAAUUGCAAAGUUUAACCAUAAUAAUGGUGUGAAAUACAUUUUUACUGUCACUGUUCGUUAACCCUCUCAGCCCGAGCUAAUCAUUUACGAAAAAUUGAUUCAUAACUUAAUAAUUUUAAAACCAUAAUGAGUAGAAAAAUUCUAUUUCCUGCAGCUAAAAGCUAACACUCGCCCCGUUCUGCUGAUUUUUUUGGGGUCUUCGUAGCCCUUACAGAAGGUUUUGUAUCUAGCCUGGAAAUCCAGAGUUUUUCGGGGUCUGCAAUAAUAAAAUAGAUCCAAACUGUUAAUCCAAGAUUGAUAAACUUUAUGUCUAUAAUUUAUGAAUUUUCGGUUGUUUAUCUCCGCCGAUCGCCGCUAGCUCUGAUGAUAACCACGAUAUUGUUUCCCAUGAUGCUCUGGCAGACCAUUCUGACCAAUCAAAAGCUUGUUUAGCUUGUCUUGUCAACCACUGGAAGGCUGGUUUGUUGAAACAAAGAUUCUAUAUAGUGGAAAGAAACUGGGCACAAUAGCUAGAUAUGACCAAAGAUCGCAGUGUUUCCUUUAGGAUUUUUUUAGCAGUGGGGGCAGGUCUGUCCGAACAAUUUUUUUACAUUUUUUUUAAGAAAUUCUUCAUAGGGAAACCAAAACUCAAAUGACUACAUCUAUAGACUAUUUCCAAUUUAUAUUAUAUUACACUGACUCACCGUUUCAAUGUUUCCAGAUGUAUGAUAUCAGGACGAUGAGCUGACAGAACUGACAAGUUGAACGUUGUCCAACUAGAACGGACCCACCGCGGUGACGUUUUUGGUGGAGCUGUUCAUUUAAUAGUCGACUCGGAAGAAAGCUAACGUUCUGACAAACUCCCACAACAGAAUAGUAUGUGGAGUUAAACUGGACGGGCCCAAUAACCUCUGAAUAGUUCUACUUUUUGUUAAAUUGCAAUGUGAGCAGCGGUAGGCGUCUGCCCUCUUUCUGAUACCACGGCGACAGAAAUUUUGCCAUGGUGGGCCGCCACUAAAAAAAAUACCACAUAGAGGAAACACUGAAUCGUCAAUACUAAACUGUUGUCUAGGAGAUCUGUUUUAGACAACACAAAUGCAUGUGUAGCAUUGCUGUGUGUGAUAUCAAUAAAUAUGGCAUUACUAUUUGGAGUAUUGGCAUGUCAAUGUCAUGAGGGGAAGAAGCGUCUGGACCUUUUUUUUAAGAAAUGUAGAUAUUUCGUACCCUGUAUAAGUUACAAUGUUCAUUUUUUUCACAGUUUGACUCCCAAGACGGGAGAUAUGUUAUAGACAGCAGAUAUGCUUGAGUUUUAUUGCUGUGUGUGUGAAAUCAAUACAUAUCUGUGAGAUUCAAUUUCUGUUUUACUUUUUUAUUUGUCAUUAU